AUGGAGAAUGCCGGCCGCCUUGCUGAUACACCAACUGAGAUCAACCUUAUUGGGUGGUUGCUCAGCCGCCGUAAGAUGGAAGAGGAUAAUCCAGAGACCUUGAAACUCGUCAUUGAGUUUGAUGACGCCAACGCAGCCAACCAAGCUAUUUUGAUGGGCCUCGCGCUCUUUGGGAGAAAUCAUGACUGCCGAUUCUUUGAUGCCCGAAACUGCAAGCGAACGGCUCGAUGCGCAUUUUGCGCGAAGAGCCAUGAUACCCCAGACUGCCCACAUGCCAGGGACCGCACCCAGGCCAAGUGCGCAGCAUGUAUCAAGCAUGAAAAGAAAUCCAAUCUUAACCACUUUGCCUUCGACAGAGGCUGCCCGAUCAGGGCAGAGCGGCUAGACAUCAUCCGCGCGAAUCGCAUUAACGGGCCCCAGUGGUUUGCGUUCUCGUUGAGUGUCUUGAUCGUGUCCGUGAUGCUGGCUAUAUUGACAUCGUUGAGUGAGGUGACCGGCUGA